CGCAGGGAUACACAAAAGAGAAACGGACCGCUAACAGGUGCAUGACGCAAACCGUGAAUUCAACGUUAGUAACGUUGCCCAUUUUUCACCACGGAUAUUAAGUGAAUCCAUUGCAAUGGAUCUAAAUUACUAAUGCCCAACGCCGUUGGAAACACUGGACAUUCAUUGCAAUUGUACAGAAUGUCAAAAAGAGUCUGUGCUAGUAGCUGUUGACCUGCUUUCUCAGAGUGGCUGUCAAAACCAAUACACACCUAAUUUAUUCUGCUCUCCUCCAGCAUGUCAGGUGGUUACACUCCGGCUCCCGGGGGCCCCUUUUCAGCCCUAACCCCCAGUAUGUGGCCCCAGGACAUCCUGGCUAAGUACUAUCAGAAGGACCCUACAGAAGUGGCCGAAGAGCAGUAUGAUGAGUUUGGCUUUAGGCUGGACUGUGAAGACGGUCUGGAGCCAGGGUCCAGGCCAGAGCCCCAGAGAGAGGAUCCCCAGCAGAGGCUGCGCUGGCAGGCCCAUCUGGAGUUCACCCACAACCACACCGUUGGAGACCUGACCUGGGACCUCAUCGCCCCCGUCCUGCCCCGCUCCGAACGCCUCCGCUCCCUGGUGCUGGGGGGCAUUCCUCACAGCAUGAGGCCACAGCUGUGGAUGCGUCUGUCUGGAGCCCUGCAGAAGAAGAGGACCACUGAGAUCUCCUACAAAGAGAUCAUCAAGAACAGCACCAAUGAUGAGACCACUGCUGCCAAACAGAUAGAGAAGGACCUGUUGCGGACCAUGCCCUCCAACGCGUGUUUCUGCAGCCUUCAGAGUGUGGGUGUACCCAGGCUGAGGCGGGUCCUGCGGGGCCUGGCAUGGCUCUACCCUGACAUAGGCUACUGCCAGGGCACCGGCAUGGUGGUGUCCUGUCUGCUACUGUUUCUAGAGGAGGAGGAUGUGCUGUGGAUGAUGUGUGCUUUGAUCGAGGACUUGCUGCCUCCAUCCUACUUCUCCUCCACCUUGCUGGGGGUGCAGACAGACCAGAGGGUCCUGAGACAACUCAUAGUCCAGUACCUGCCAAGUCUAGACAGGCUGCUGCAGGAGCACGACAUCGAGUUAUCUCUGAUUACGCUGCACUGGUUCCUGACAUCAUUUGCCAGCGUGGUGGACAUCCGCAUCCUGCUGAGGAUCUGGGACCUGCUCUUCUACCAGGGCUCAGUUGUACUCUUCCAGGUCACACUGGGCAUGCUCAAGAUCAAGGAGGUUGACCUUCUCCUCUCUCCCCUACAGGAGGAGGAGCUGGUGUCCUCGGAGAACUCGGCGUCCAUCUUCAACACACUUUCAGACCUGCCUAGUCAGCUGGUGGACGGUGCCGAAGUGCUGGGGGAGGCCAUGCGACUGGCAGGUGUGCUUUCUCAGGAGACCCUGGAGGCCCAGAGGCACAAACACCUGGCCUACAUCCUCAACGAGCAGGCCCAGCUCAACACCAACAACUCCCACACAUUCAAUGGGAAACUCAAAAAGGUUGUGAGAAGACAGUCGUUGCGUAGGAAAUCCACCCUUAGCUCUCUGUUGUGGGGUGAAGACGAAGCGGAGGCCCUUAAGUCCAAGAACAUCAAGCAGACCGAGUUGGUUGCAGCUCUCCGAGAGGCCAUCACCCGCACCGCUGAACACUUCCACUGUCUGGACCCACGACACACCAGCACCGACUUGACUCCAGACUACUCCAUGGAGAGCCACCAGAGAGAUCAUGAGAACUUCCUGGUUGUUUCUCGUAAUCGACGGAGACGGGCCAAAGCCCUCCUGGACUUUGAGCGCCACGAUGACGAUGAACUGGGCUUCAGGAAGAAUGACAUCAUCACAAUUUUUUCCCAGAAGGACGAGCACUGUUGGGUGGGUGAGCUGAACGGUCUGAGAGGUUGGUUUCCAGCCAAGUUUGUGGAGAUCCUCGAUGAGCGGAGCAAAGAGUACUCUCUGGCGGGUGAUGACUCUGUGACGGAGGCAGUUACAGACCUUGUCAGAGGGACAUUGUGUCCUGCCUUGAAGGCAAUCUUCCAACACGGCCUGAAGAAACCCUCCAUAUUGGGAGGACCUUGUCAUCCUUGGCUCUUCAUAGAGGAGGCGGCCAGUAGAGAGGUGGAGAGGGAUUUCAACUCUGUCUACUCCAGACUGGUCCUGUGCAAGACCUACAGGUUAGAUGAAGAUGGCAAGGUCCUCACACCAGAGGAGUUGCUAUAUAGAGCGGUGCAAUCUGUCAAUAUGAGCCAUGACUCUGCACACGCUCAGAUGGACGUCAAGUUCCGCUCCCUCCUCUGUGUGGGUCUAAAUGAGCAGGUGUUACACCUGUGGUUGGAGGUGUUGUGUUCCAGUAUGCCUGCAGUAGAGAAGUGGUACCAGCCCUGGUCCUUCCUCCGUAGCCCAGGAUGGGUCCAGAUCAAGUGUGAACUAAGGGUUCUGUCCAAGUUUGCCUUCAGUCUCUCUCAGGACUGUGAGCUGCCUGCCAAGAAAGAGGAGAAAGAGCAGAGGCCACUGAAGGAAGGAGUCCAAGACAUGUUGGUGAAACAUCAUCUUUUCAGCUGGGACAUUGAUGGAUAGACGCACCUAGGAUGUAGAAAACAACCUUCCCUGCUCCACACAUGCUCUCUAUAUACAAGAGUGGUCUGUUUUCUCCUUUUCGUAUUGACUGCUCUGUUGGAACACAACCAGUGGUGUUGUCAACACCAGCUCUCCCUAGGAAGUAUUGUAUUGUUCAGACACUUGAUGAUCAUCAUUCCAUAAAGAUGACAGUUUCAUCCCGUUUAAAAUUAAACUGCCUUGCUACUGACAUUUGGAUCUGCAAUGACUCUAUUACCCAUAGAGUGCCCUAUCCGGAAUGGGCUGUCAUUUGAAAGACAUUGCCACCUGCCAAUUACUUUUCAUGUCCGUCUUCAAUGACGUUAACAUUUGAGGCUCUGAGCUUUCUAACCAUCAUAGGUCUCUGCGGUCUGAGUUAAAUAAUGAAUUAGCAUGUAAUCAAGGAUGAAACUAUAAAGACACUUCUAGCAAAACGUUAUAGCAUGGACAUCACCAUUGAACUUAUCCACCAUUUCAAUGUAGUCCAUUAGAUGUGACUUCUAACUUCAUUAGCUGAUCCCUCUCGAUGACCUGGAUGGGUCACUUGAGUAAAUUAUAAUUUAAUUUACAGUACUUGAGUUGUAGAUAUUCACUACUCCACCUGCACCUAAUGUCUCGGUUGGUCAUGUGAUCACUACUCCAACCUUGUCAUCAGGUGGGAUCAACAAAUUAAUUCUACUUAAAAUGUACUGAUAGCCACAGUGGCACUGCCCAUUCUUUAACAGAUGUUCUUAGGGCGCAGAUACACCUACCUCUUUCCAUCUCUAUGGACAAAAUCAGUAAAUUGAUAGCCCUGUCUGUCACCAUGGCUGUUCGUUCUUGGAUGAAGCUACUGUGUGUGGUCACACUGUUUUUCAUAGUCCAUACACCUAGGUACAAAGUAGUCAUCUGUACUGUGUCAUGAAGGACUGGUCUGUGGUCUUUGUAGCAACGUGCCCCAAAGUGUGUUUGUUACCUGCUAACAGUACUAUAGUAGAAUGUGCUUUAGAAAUGUACAUUAGCCAACUCUGAUCACGAAGGGUACUUAAAAUUCCUUAGAUUGGCCCCAAACAUUCUAGAACAAUCCCAUUUUACUCUGCAUACACUGUCUUGUAAUGUUUGGUGCCAACAUGGCACACAAGGAAUGACUCUCAAACCAGGUGUGCCCAAUCCUCAGCACUCCUUGUUUCUGUUACUUGUUCCACUACUGGAAGUUAUAAUUGGUUUGGGCCCUUGUGGGGUUUUCAACCGUGUGAAACCAUGUGUAUUUACACUUGACCUUCUGUAUGCAUAGUCACUGUGGUGACUGAAAGAACUGUCAGAAAAUGUAUUUCAAUUUGUGUAUGAAGAAUGAUUUAUUUCUAUAAUGUUGUAAACAUUUCAUUCCUUUGUAAACCCAGUAUACAUAGCAAUGUGGCGUUAACAACAAGUAUCCCCUCUUGAUGUCUGACUGAGAAGCCACUAGACUAACACAUCCACCUUGUACAGUAAUGUAAUGUUCUAUAUAUAUAAUAUAUAUAUAUAUAUAAUAUCACGUGCGCGCACACACACACACACACACACCCAAAUAAGAAAAUAAAAUAUCUGAAACUCU